CUCCCUUCGCGGGGAGUGCUGGGAUUACCGGGAGGAUACUGGGGGCGCUGGACCUCCCCGCGGUCUCCUCCCGGAACUCCCCGCCCUGGGCACAGGGGCGGACGCGCUGUGUCGCGGCCCCUUUAAGGCGCGGGCCCCGCCCCCCGGCGCUUCCCGUCCCCGGGCCGGUUGCUGAUUGGCCGGGCAGGCUGCCGCGCGCACCCACCCUGACGUAAUCGCGCGCGCCGUGCCGGCCGGCCCCGCCUCUCUCCGCCGCUUACCUCGAACGUAAACCCUUCCAGCCAAUCCGCGUUAGGCGGCGGGCUGCGCGGCUGGGGGCGAGCGGCCAAUCGGAAGCGCCGAGGCGAGCUUUAGUUUACAUAAUAAUAGAGGGGCGUGGCCAGGGGUGCUGACCCGAGAGGCCCCCCCGGACCCAUGGCCCACAGCGCCAAGCAGCUGCCUGCCGGGAUGCUGCAUGCCACGGGCAAAGCUCAGCAUGGAAACUUCCUGGUGGCCAUCAAGCAGGAGAAGGGGGAGUCAGCACGGGCGAGCAGUGAGAAGCCGCAUGGUGAGGAGGAGCCGGUGAAGAAGAGGGGGUGGCCCAAGGGCAAGAAGAGGAAGAAGAUCCUUCCCAAUGGCCCCAAAGCCCCUGUGACAGGCUAUGUGCGUUUCCUGAACGAGCGGCGCGAGCAGAUCCGCACGCAGCAUCCUGACCUGCCCUUCCCAGAGAUCACCAAGAUGCUGGGGGCUGAGUGGAGCAAGCUGCAGCUUUCGGAGAAGCAGCGGUACCUGGACGAAGCGGAGCGGGAGAAGCAGCAGUACAUGAAGGAGCUGCGGGAAUACCAGCAAUCGGAAGCCUACAAGAUGUGCACAGAGAAGAUCCAGGAGAAGAAGAUCAAAAAAGAGGAUGCAGGCUCUGCGGCGGUGAACACCCUGCUGAAUGGGCACCCGCACAAGGCUGGCGAGUGCAGUGACACCUUCUCCACCUUCGAUGUGCCCAUCUUCACGGAGGAGUUCUUGGACCAAAACAAAGCCCGGGAGGCUGAGCUGCGGCGCCUGCGGAAGAUGAACACGGAGUUUGAGGAGCAGAACGCCAUCCUGCAGAAGCACACGGAGAACAUGAACUGUGCCAAGGAGAAGCUGGAGCAGGAGCUGGCCCAGGAGGAGAGGCAGACCCUGGCCCUGCAGCAGCAGCUCCAGUCCGUGCGGCAGGCUCUCACCACCAGCUUCGCCUCCCUCCCCAUCCCUGGCACCGGUGAAACCCCCACUCUGAGCACUCUGGACUUCUACAUGGCCAAACUGCACAGUGCCAUCGAGAGCAACCCGCUGCAGCAUGAGAAGCUGGUGGUGCGCAUCAAGGAGAUCCUGUCCCGGAUAGCCAGUGAACACUUGUGAAGAGGACCAGUCCCUCCCGGAGCCCGGGGCCGGCCGGACCACGGCCCUGUCCCUUGGAGCUCAUGCAAGGGACAGUCUCUGCUGGUGGUCCGGCUGCUUCCCCCUCCACCCCGCUCACCUCGCUUGGAGAAGUGAGCUGGGACCCCCUCCAGCCCCGGCGUGGCUGCACCCCGUGGUGCACCGUCUCCGAGGACCUCGAGCUUCUGGGGACCAAGCAGUGAUGGGGCUGAGAGCCCCCGGCUGGCGUGGUGCUGGGCGAGGUGCUCAGUGGUGGGCGUGAGCAUCCCCCCUGCUCUCCUGUCAGCUUCCCGGCUCCUGCAGCUCUGCCUCGGCCAGCCAGAGACCCCCAAGGUGUCCGGUGGCCAGUUUAGUGCCUGGGGGUCACUGGCCUGGAGGUGAACCAGCCUCUCGGGGUGACCCGGGGGGUUGCUGUCACCCAGCCUGGGACAGGAGGGGGGCAGCCGGGUGCCCCGGGAGCCCCCUGGGGCUUGGUGCUGCCUCCUGGCCCCUAGAUCAGCCCAGGGGGCUUCUCGAUCCCCUGUCCUGCAGCAGGUGGGGGGUGGCAGGCUUUCUCCUGCCUGCCUCCUGCUUUCUUGAACCUUCCAGCAGCCCCUUGCUGCUCCCCCACGGGUGCCUUCAGACCCCUGCCUAUGUCACCCUGCCUGUCACCUUGCCUUCCCCCACACCUCUGGGGCCAGGCAGGGGAGCUCCCGCACACUGCAGGGGUGAAGGCAAAAAAAAAAAAAAUGGAAUCAAGACCUUGAUGCCGGAGAGCAGCUGGAACCGAGCCCUUCCUCGGUGGGGAGCCCAUGGGGUGGCCCCCCUGCCCCAGCCCAUCCUGCCUUGUGGGACCACUGUGACAGCAGCCGCGUCCCGGCCGUGCGGUACUGGGGUUGGCCGUCCCCAGGACCGCCUGUCACUAAUCUCAGACUCUGUAAUUAGAAGAGAGUGUCUUAUUUUCUUACUAGCACUAUGUCGGUCUGGCCCUGGGUUUAACCUGGGGCUGGUGUGCGACCGCUCGUCUCUCGCCGGCCGGGUCCCUGCUCUGUAGGUGACUCUCCUGGUGGCCCUGUGGCUUGGGAUGGAGAUGGGAGCAAAUAAAUGUUGGAGGAACAACC